AGCUGGAGCCUCUCCCAGAAGAUAUUGUGCAUCGAAUCCCAAAUAUGAAUGCAAUAGCUUCUUUAAAAAAGACCACUGAAAUUCAAAGCAAGUACUGGAAGUCAGUGGAGCCAUACUCUGUGCCAGUAGAUUGUGCUCUGGCUGAGUCUCAGAAACAAGAGAGGGAGGAGACAGAAACGGUAUCUGCUAUGGCCUCUCUUUCAGUGGAUGUUGAGCAGUGUAUCCCUCAGGAAGGCAGCAGAGCUGCUGGCGAGCCCAUGGAAGAAGAGCCAGCCUUGUGAAUUGCCAAGUCCUCCCUGAUAUUUCCUGUGGGUGACAUCAUUGUGUAUCCCCCAAAGCACCCUCAGACAUGUCUUGUCUGCUGCUUGGGUGGCACAGAUCAGAUGGAACAUAAACACUGGGCACAAAACUCUGAAUAGCAGCUUCACUUGUUCUUUGGAUGGACUUGAAAGGACCCUAAAGAUUCCUUAAAUGUAACCGCUACAAUUCUAGAGUUACAGUAAAAUGGGCUUGGGAGAAAGAGCCUAGAGCAUGCUUUUUAUAUGCUGUUUGACCCGCUCACCAACAUAAAUUAUGAAAUAGAGUAUUACAAAAUUCUACAUGAUAGAUUAUAGAUAAAGGAAUUGCAACAGCCAGCAAAAUACUUGGUAAAUUUUAUGAAUCACUUUCUGACACUUUUUACUGGGUAAUUUUUUUCAUACUGUGUUAAAUUGUUAAUAGAAUUUGUUUUCUUUGCUCUGUGUAGUGAAA